CUGCUGUUCUUUGAUUCACCCUAGCAGAAAGCAAUAUGUUAUUGUUUGCGAAGUUUGAAGUAUCGCAUCUGAUGUCAUAAAGAUUGUCUUAUAUGCUACCUGGUGAAAGUGGCGUGGAAAACUAUGCUAGUUUUACGUAUCCGUACUGGAUGCUUGUCAUCUUUUGUUAUGUGAUAGCCCGUUUAUGUCCAUUACAAGCAUGAUUUGCGGAAAUACAGAGUGCGAGGAAGGAAAUGAGGAUCCCAUCAAUGUCAGUCGCACUCUGGCGUCGACACCAUCGUCAUCAACAUCAGGGUGUAUAUCAGGGGACGAUACGUGGGAUGGAAAGUCAACGAUUCCGCCAAGUUUAAUAAGUGUGGCGAAUUGCCUUUCGAUUUCAGAGGAUGGGCCUGGACUUACCUCAGUGGAAGAGUUGACGAAGGCUGUGGAGCAAUGCAAGGAUAUGGUAUUGGAAAGUCCAGAACGCUCGGAGGAGAGAAAGUGGUUGGUGAGGCGCUUAAUCGAACUGCGUUUGCGACUGCAAGAAGCACGAGAUGUGGCUGAAGAAUUAACCUGUAGCCCUCGGGAAGAUAUCAAAGUACGCUUAGGGCAUCAUUUUGUAUUUCAGAACCAGCCCGUUUCUGCAUCAAAACAAUACUGUGAUAGAUGUUGUGGUGCUGUCUGGAGUAUGAUUCAGUCAUGGUAUCAGUGUAGAGAUUGUUUGUAUGUUUGUCACACUAAAUGUCUUGCACAAGUAUGCAGAAUUUGUGCUCAUGUUAUAGCAUCAGAGAAUCCACAAUACAUUAAGGACAUAUGCCCAGAAGUAGGACUUUCUGCUCAGUCAUACAGAUGUGCAGAAUGUAAAACACACAUAACAUUCACCUUCCCAAAAGGACUGACAUGUUUUGGACGGCCAUUCACAUCAGAAAACAGCUGGGUGGAGCCACGUCUGUGUGAUUAUGAUGGCUGUUAUUACUGUCCAAGCUGCCACUGGAAUUCCAUGGCUGUAAUACCAGCAAGAGUUAUCCAUAACUGGGACUUUGAGGAAAGACCUGUGUGUCGCGCUUCAAGACAGUUACUCCAGCUAAUGAUUAAGCGGCCUUUGUUGAAUCUGGAAGAACUGAAUCCAAGAUUAUUUGGUUUUGUUGAAGAACUUGGUUUUGUGAAGAAAAUGAGGGAGGACAUAAUGAUUAUGAAGAAGUACUUCAUUUCUUGCAAAGACGCAACUGAACAGCGACUGUUGUGGCAACUGAAGGAUUACAAUCAUUUCAUUGAUAAUGUGGACACAUACAGUUUACAGGAUCUUAUUGACACUAAUUCAGGAAGACUGCCUGACAGACUAAGUAAGAUCCACGCUGAAUUCACAAUGCACAUCAAGGAGGAAUGCAAGGUAUGUUAUGGUAGAGGCUAUGUAUGUGAACUUUGUGAAGAAGACCAAGUGAUAUUUCCUUUUGACUCUUCUGCUGUAAGUUGCAUAAAGUGCUCUACUGUUUUCCAUCGCAACUGUUGGAGCAGAAAAAAUCAGCAGUGUCCUAAGUGUUUACGACUCGAAGAGCGUGCAAAGCAGAAGGAUGCUUCGAGUGACAGUGAUUAAGGCUUAAAUCUUUUACAUCAAUGGAAAGUUUAACAGUCUUCAUUAUCCUUUGUUUUCCAUGUGUUCUGUGAACCCUUGUAAUAAUUAAUAUUAACGAUUGCUUAAAGGUUUUUGAAAUUUAGAUUCUGAUCGCCAAGAAAAGAAUUGAAUUGUUUCUAUGUCAUUUGCAUUGUAUGUAGCUUAAAAAAUAAAUGUAUAAUUUGUUUUGUAUAAAUUGCUUCUAUAGUCAGAAAAUUAAUGUACAAAAUAUAUAUAUAUAUAUCGUGUGUGUUUGUGUGUGGGGGGGGGGGGGUGCACUUUGUUGCUCAAAUUCUGAAUGAAGUCUUUUUAUUAGUUUAAAUGGCAAGAAUUCAUUACUACCAAAAUAUUUGUUUGUAUCUUGCACUUGAUGGAUGACAUUAUUUGUAUAUGCAUAGACAAGGCUCCUUGUUUUGUUGUUUAAUUUUAUUUCUGCUAGACUGGUACUGGGCUACACAUAAAUCUUCAGUAGUCCUGCAGACAACAUGCAAUAACACAGAAAAUACAUAAUACCAUGUGCUACAGGAUGUUUCACAAUUUGGAUAGAUUUUUUGGAAAUUUUAAUCUAAUUUUUAAUUCAUUUUUAGCUGCUCCUCGCUGUGCUAUAGGUGAGGCAAUGUGCUUUACAUUACCAGUGAUGUAUUUUCUUGUACAAUAUUAUAGGUUUGUGUGUGUUAUUUUCUGUGACUUAUGUAAUGUGGAUAUUUCCUUUGUUUAAGUGCUUUGGUAGUUUUGGUUAUUAAUAGUAAAAAAUAUAUAAUACAAUUAGUACAAACACAGAUUGUAUAACAAAGAGAUAUAGUUAGCCCAUAACCUGAUCUUUGUUAAUGCUCAGUGAAGUCAAGAUGGAAGCUAAAUAUUUGCAACGUUAGUUCUGAUUGACUCGUCAACAUGAGCAGAAACUACUUCACCAGAUUUUGAUAGCUUUUUGCCAGUACACUCAAUUGAGUGCACAUGUGACACUGGUACUUAUUUGUACACUUAUUUAGAUUCUUUUUCCUUUGUUUUAAUGUUUGUGUCAACCUUUUCAAAUAGCUUUUCAGUUCCUUAUGAGCUUCCAGCUCCACUGAUGCUGUAUUAUACAGCUGUUCUUCUAGGCUGUGCUAGGUUGUGCACAGAGCACAGCUGGCUGCCAAAGUCCUUUGUCUAGGAAGACCCCUGUUUGAAUUGUUGUCCGGAAUGUAUCAUGUGCUCUAAUAACAUCAUCCAAGCCUUCUGUUUGUUACACUUACUUGAUGAAUACCUCGCAGGAGCAUUCCAACACCUUAAACAGUGUUUAGUGUUGCACCUGAUGCUCAAAAUGUUCCAUUUCAGAGGUAAGGAAAUGUAAUCUCCACGGUAAGGGUUUUAUUCCAGGUAGGCAUCUUGUCUGCUUAGCAGCUAUUGGUUGUUGCCUGAUGGCCAGGCUUAGUGUGAAUUUAGCUCACCAAAGAGCAUUUAACAGCAUCAAGUAGGAUGACAUGUUCACAGCAAUAACCAUUCCUACUGGACCUACAACAUGUGAAAAAGUUUCAGCCAGUAUCUCAUUUUGACAUCUGAAGUAAGCUCACAUCCAGUCUCUGAAAAAUAUCUGUACAGUGGGCAUUAGUAGAACAAAUGGCAAGAUCAUGAAACCCAGAUAAACAGUGAUGAUACAACAGUGAGGCAGAUUUUGCCACCUCUGGUGCAAAUAACUCUGUAAGAUGUCUGAAGCCACAGCAGGAUGUACCUCCUUACAGCUUGUAGGUGGCCCAUAAAUUUGUACUGAAUGUUGAGAACAUCAAAAAUGUGACAAGACUUUUCACAGUAAGCUUGUUCUAGCAUUGCCCACAGCUCUCCAUGAUGGUCCUCAACAAAAAAUGCUUCCACAUUGGUGCUCACCAAAUGGAAACUGAAGGUUUCAUGACAUUUUAUGCGAGUGUAAUCUUGGCACACUUCAUGAAGGAAGUUGAUGCUUUUGCCCAUAUGAAGAAUUUUGUGAGCUUGUGCCAAAGAUAUGAAACUUGGUGGGAGAGCUUCCUGAACAUAAUAUUUAUCAUGCCAUAAGCAGUCUCUUAUUUGCAGCUCUGAAGAAUUUAUUGCAGGGGUCCUCACAAUUGCCCAUCCAAAAUCCAAUAGAAAUUUUUACCUACAUACUAAUUAUAUUUGAUAUAUUUUACUAUUAAUAAUCAAAAUAACCAAAGUAAUUAAAUAAAAUGCAUGUGCACAUGUUGUAAGUCGCAGAAAAUAACAUGCACAAACUUACAAUACUGAUCAGUUUGAUGGCAAACUAAAUCGCAGCUACUGAAAAGUCCUGCUGCCUCAUCUGUUACACAAUGAGGAUGUGCUGAAAACUAAUUAAAAAUUACAGUAAAAUUUCAAAAAAUCUACAGCAAUUCUAGGGCAGCACAAAAAUAAAUUAUAUGUGCCUGAACAACUUACCCCAAAAUUUUGAAUGCAUCCCACAGCUUACAGUAUUAUUCAUAAUUUAUCUUCAGCAGGACUACUGAAGAUAGGCACAUAGCCUGAUACCAGCCUGGCUAAAAUAAAAAUAGACACUCAAACAAGCAGCUUAACCUAUUAACAUACAAGCAGUGCCAUGCUUCAACUUCAAACAGGCUGCAUAACACUAUGGAUAUAAAAUGUCUUGCACUUGUUUCCAUUUCUAUAUUUUUAAUAUGUAUUAGCAAUAUUACAUAAUUUUGUGUAUUGACGAAGAGAGAGAGUACAGCUGUCACUAAUCAAAUGGUUACAUAAAAUUUUAAUUAAUAACAAA